AUGGCCGCCGCCGCAGCCUACAAGGACCGACAAUUUUUGGCGGUGAUUGGAGAUGAAGACUCUGUCACUGGUCUUUUACUUGCGGGUAUCGGCCAUGUAACCGAACCCCCGGACUCACAACGCAAUUUCCUAGUCGUUGACUCCAAAACCGAAACGUCAACCAUCGAAAAGGCAUUCCAGAGCUUCACCCAGGAAAGGAAAGAUAUCGGCGUGGUAUUGAUCAAUCAACAUGUUGCCGAGCGUAUCAGACCUUUAGUCGACUCGUUUGCAGAGGCCUUUCCGGCAGUGCUCGAGAUCCCGAGUAAGGAUCAUCCAUACGACCCUGAGAAGGAUAGUGUUCUUCGACGAGUGCGGAGACUGUUUGGCGAGUAA